AUGGAUGAGGAAUCAGGAUACGUACACAGGACCGACGAGGGGUUUUGUAACAGGGAAAAGGACUAUUUCAUCCGAGCGCGUGAGAGGAAGGAGAAUCGUGAUGUAGAUUUCAAAAGGGCGCUCGACGCAUUCCCGUCACCGGUGAAUGAUGUCUGGAUCGAUGCGACGAUGCUAUCACCACUGAUAACAGUUGAAGGCAUAGUGAGCCUACCAACGUUGACGUGCGCCAACACUACGCGGUGGAAUUGCGGACUCAAUGAGGGCGAAGCAGGCGGAGGCGAGGCAAUGCCGGACGGACGAAAGGCACAAGUGGAGGAGGUUCGCGAAGAGCACCAAGAGCAUAGGUUGGCAUGGAACGAGGACCAAGUUAAAGAACGAACCGCAGACUUGGAUAAAGGCGAGUGGUUAGGGGAUUUUUGGAGCAGGAACGGCGAUUGA